GGGUGUGUCUCAUAUAACUGUACAGUUUAUUUCCCUUCUCACUGAGUGUGAGUGUGAGUGUGAGAGAGACAGAGCGAGAGAGCAAGAGAUUACUGGUGGACUUUCUGUAAACUGGUUGUGAGGAACUCUGUGUCUGGGAUCAUGAACACUGAAGUCCUUAUUCUGGUGAUGUGGGUUUGUAGUGUGUGGUAUCCACAGCUCGUCACAAGCCGGGAGUGCCCGGAUGGUUAUGAGCUUUCACCGGAAUAUGUCUGUGUUGAUACAGACGAGUGUGAGACUUAUGGUGAUUCAACGUACAUUACCUCACUGUGUGGUUCAUACACACUUUGUCACAACGUACCCGGGUCCUACUACUGUACCUGUCAACAAGGCUACGUCAGUCCUUCUGGAACAACUAAUUUCACCCAAAAGACAGAGUGCGAAGAUAUCAAUGAGUGUCAGUCCAGACCGUGUGGCUCCUACGCAACUUGUCACAACACAGAGGGAGGUUUCUACUGUGUGUGUGACCGAGGGUUUGUCUCCAGCACCGGAGAAGGUUCUUUUAACACCACCACAACUCGUUGUAAAGGUGAAGACUUGACUGUCCCUCUCAGACAAUCCCACAGCGAUGGCACUGCGCUUCUGUUUGGCUUUGAUCUUCCUUGA